AGACUAGGGCCUCUCUACCGGCUCCUCCUAUAUAAAACCCUCACAAAUCUCUUACGCUCCUUCUCUCUCUAUCUUUCGCUCUCUGCGCCACACCCUCGCUGCGAAAUAUGGCUUUGCCGAACCAACAGACCGUCGAUUACCCGAGCUUUAAGCUUGUGAUUGUCGGCGAUGGUGGAACCGGAAAAACAACAUUUGUGAAGAGGCAUCUGACUGGGGAGUUUGAGAAAAAAUACGAACCAACCAUUGGUGUGGAAGUCCAUCCUUUGGACUUUUUCACCAACUGUGGGAAAAUUCGAUUCUACUGCUGGGACACAGCUGGGCAAGAGAAGUUUGGUGGUCUUCGAGAUGGAUACUACAUCCAUGGGCAAUGUGCAAUUAUCAUGUUUGAUGUUACUGCCCGGCUGACAUACAAGAACGUUCCAACAUGGCACCGGGAUCUUUGCAGGGUGUGUGAAAACAUCCCAAUUGUUCUUUGUGGAAACAAGGUUGAUGUGAAGAACAGGCAGGUGAAGGCAAAGCAGGUUACUUUCCACCGGAAGAAGAAUUUGCAGUACUACGAGAUAUCAGCUAAGAGCAAUUAUAACUUCGAGAAGCCUUUCUUAUACCUUGCCAGGAAGCUUGCAGGGGACGCUAAUCUGCAUUUCGUUGAAUCUCCUGCCCUGGCUCCCCCAGAAGUGCAAAUCGACUUGGCUGUGCAACAACAGCAUGAAGCUGAGCUUGUUGCUGCUGCGAGUCAGCCCCUUCCUGAUGACGAUGAUGACGCAUUUGAAAAAUCGCGUCGAACAAAAGUCCAGCCUCCCUCCAAUGUCCAAACCUGCUUAUACGUAUUAUGUAUUUAUAUAUAUCCUUCACCACCACCACCACUUCCACAGUGUGCUCCCUUCAAAACCCACAGCUCUUACCCAAUCACCAUCUCAACAAUGGCCAUUCCGACUCAGCAGAGUGUAGAUUACCCUUCCUUCAAGCUCGUCAUCGUCGGCGAUGGCGGAACUGGCAAGACUACGUUUGUUAAAAGGCACCUUACCGGAGAGUUUGAGAAGAGAUAUGAGCCCACAAUCGGCGUGGAAGUUCAUCCGCUGGACUUCUUCACGAAUUACGGGAAGAUCAGGUUCAACUGCUGGGACACUGCCGGUCAGGAGAAGUUUGGUGGACUCCGAGAUGGUUACUAUAUUCAUGGACAAUGCGCUAUCAUCAUGUUUGAUGUCACUGCUCGUUUGACAUACAAAAACGUACCAACAUGGCACCGUGAUCUCUGCAGGGUCUGUGACAACAUUCCCAUAGUUUUGUGUGGUAACAAGAUCGAUGUCAAAAACAGGCAGGUCAAGGCAAAGCAGGUUACCUUUCACCGGAAGAAAAAUCUUCAGUACUAUGAAAUUUCUGCAAAGAGCAAUUACAACUUUGAGAAACCUUUCUUGUACCUUGCCAGAAAGCUAGCAGGAAAUGUUGACCUACACUUUGUUGAAUCACCUGCUCUUGCUCCUCCUGAAGUUCAAAUUGACAUGGUUGCACAAGCAGAGCAUGAAGCUGAGUUGCACAAAGCAGCUGCACAGCCUCUUCCUGAUGAAGAUGAUGACUUUAUUGAGUAGUGGAGGGUUCCUGUUCCUGAACUUUGCUUGCCUGUUUGCCACACUCAGGGUCUUGUAGGUUUUAGGGCAGUUUUACUUUGCAAUGUUGCUACGGUUAAUUUUGUACAUUAAGGUUGGUUGGUUGUGGUAGGUUUAAGUUUGUAGUACAUCAACUUGAAGUCCUGGUUUCGGUCAUGUGGGAUAUCAGCCUCCACAUUCAGCAACAAAUACAAGAAAUAUUCAACUUCUCA